GUUUUCUCAUGCUUACUGACGACAAACAGAACCAUUGGUACGUACAUACGUUCGUACUUGUAGCACUGCCAACUAAUAUUACAUUAGUUUAUCAUCACCUGUACCACAUGAAACAAUGGAAUAAACCUUCAAUAAAGUAAAAAUUCUCGCAGGUAAAAAGAUAAUGGGGCGAAACCAAUUUGCAGUUCUUGGUCUCAUGCCUGGGGCAUCAGGGGAUGAGAUCAAGAAGGCUUUUAGGUCCCUGGCACUGCAAUACCACCCAGAUAAAAACAAGCAUGCAGGAGCUGAAGAAAAGUUUAAAAUCAUGUGUGCAGCAUAUGACUUUCUCAAAGACGAGACUAAUCGUUUAUCACACGCGAGAGAAUUGCGAGAAAAUUUUGAUUGUAAGCGAAAACAUAGAAAAGGACAUAGUGAAAAGCAUUAUACUUAUUCAAGUCAACAAGAAACCGACCCAUUCGGACAUUCACAGACGUUUGAGGACAGGUUUAGACCAAAAUUUGAUAGAAAGGGAUAUGAAAGAACAAGCACUGACUCAAACAGUAGAUCAAGACAUGAUAGAAGUAAACAGGAAAAUAGUGGGGAUCAUAAGUCAGAGAAUAGACGACGAGACUCUCAAGGGAAGAAUAGAACGGAAAAAGAAGAGUUUUACCAGAGAGAUCAUAAAAGGUUUAUUCCAGGAUUCAUUUUCGAAGACUUCUUUUCCCUUUUUAGUGAACCAUUCAAGUCGUUCGAGCAGGAUUUCGGUCCGUUCCGUCAAAGGAGAAGCCCAUUUAAUGUGUUUCAUAAUUCGCACUUUGAGGAUCCAUUAUUCGACAGACAUUUUGAAGAACAUUUUCAUGUAUUUCAAGAAUUUGAAAAGGAGCCUAUGGCACAUUCAUUUGGACCUUCAAAUAUUGAGGAUAUGAUGAAUGACUUCGAACCUUUUGCUGACGUGGGAAGGGAUAGAGCUCAUAGUCGGCGAAGGUAUAAACCUGCAAGACGAAAUUAUACUUCAUUCCAUUAUCGAGGAGACCCAUUCAGAGAAACACUUUGAGAUAUUGCCUUUAAUAAUCAUUGGCAGACAUGAAAAUGGAUAAUUGAAACGAUGCUGAAGUUGGCCAAAAUUGAAAGUCCGAUUAAAAUGACUUAACAUCUGUGAAAUUAUUUUGCACUAUUAAUUUUUGUAAUUCAUGAUCAACAUGAACUUGCUAUUAAAAGUUUAUUCAAAGAGGAAUACUCAA